AGUUAACGAUUUUUCACUGCUUUCCUCCCUAAAACCUUCAAAUUUGUGCAUCUUGUGAAUCCUAAAAAAUCAGUAUGUCGCUGAAAACCUACGGCGAUAAGCCGGUCAGCUUCCAGCUGGAGGAAAAUGGUGAAUAUUUCUGCAUCGGUUCGGAGGUGGGCAACUACCUCCGGUUGUUCCGUGGGUUGCUGUACAAAAAGUACCCAGGAAUGAUGCGUCGGACUCUCAGUCCGGAGGAACGCAAGAAGCUACUCGACUCGGGUAUCAGUAACCAAUUCCUGGCCAGUUCGGUUUCCCUGCUCAGGGCGUCCGAAGUGCAGGAGAUUUUGGAUGGAAAUGAUGAAAAGUACAAAGCUGUAUCGGUGACUACGACUGAACUACCGGCUCCCAGGGAGAGCAAAUCGAGCAAGAAGCAACCACCGUGGGUGCCAACCAUGCCCAACUCGAGCCACUUGGAUGCGGUACCACAAGCAACUCCUAUCAAUAGGAAUCGGGUUCAGAACAAAAAGAUUCGCACCUUCCCAAUGUGCUUCGACGAUACGGAUCCAACGCUGAACAUUGAGAAUGCCGCUCAGGCUGAGAUCUUGGUUCCGAUUCGCUUGGACAUGGAAAUCGAAGGGCAAAAGUUGCGCGAUACUUUCACCUGGAAUCGGAAUGAAUCGAUGAUCACUCCGGAACAGUUUGCGGAAGUUCUGUGCGACGAUUUAGAUCUGAAUACGACUCCAUUCGUCCCUGCCAUAGCGACUGCUAUUCGGCAGCAGAUUGAGGCAUAUCCAAACGAACCGAUUUUACUAGAAGAUGGAUCCGAUCAGCGGGUGCUGGUUAAGUUAAACAUUCACGUUGGUAACACCUCGCUGGUGGAUCAGGUCGAGUGGGACAUGGCCCAGAAGGAUAAUAAUCCGGAGGACUUUGCCAUCAAACUGUGUGCGGAGCUUGGAUUGGGUGGGGAGUUUGUAACGGCAAUAUCCUACUCGAUUCGGGGACAGCUGUCCUGGCACCAGCGAACCUAUGCGUUCAGUGAAGCACCACUGGCCACGGUUGAGGUUCCGUUUAGGACACCGAGCGACGCCGAUCAGUGGGCACCGUUCCUGGAGACGCUUACCGAUGCCGAGAUGGAGAAGAAGAUUCGCGACCAGGAUCGAAAUACUCGACGUAUGCGUCGGUUGGCGAAUACCUACACGUAAGCCGGAUGUCCGAAUAGAUUUUUUUCUUAAGUUAAGAUUUGUUUAAGGUAAGUAACGAUUUACGGUCUGUAUUAAUAAAGUGAGC